AUAUACUAAUUAUAAUUUAUUACGAAAAAUGUUAUAAAAUUUGACACGUCUCUGUAGUCUGUAUAUGUGAACCUAUAUAUUGAGAGUCUAGUCUUGCACAGUUCUCUCAUAAACACAAACAUGGCUUCUCUCUCACAACCAUCCCUUACAAUCACCACCAAGACCCACAUUCCCCCCUCCUCUCUAUCUCCAUUCUGUCCCAAAAAAACCCAUCUUUCUAAACUUCCAAAACGCAUCCAUCACCUUGCUCCUAGCGUAGUCUCAUGCAAAGCCCAAAACGAUGAUCAAAAUGGACAACAACAACAAUCUCCUUUAGAAAUGUUUGAUAGGAGAGAUGUGCUCAUUGGCAUAGGAGGCCUCUAUGGUGCUACAAAUCUUUACAAUGAUGACCCUUUUGCCAUGGCAGCUCCUGUGUCUGCCCCAGAUCUAACAAAGUGUAGCAAAGCUGAUUUACCAGCUGGGGCAAAACCAGUCAAUUGUUGCCCACCAUCAGCCACAAAAAUCAUUGAUUUUAAGCUACCUCCACAAAACUCACCCUUGCGUGUUAGACCCGCAGCUCAUUUAGCUGACAAGGAAUACAUAGCCAAAUACUCCCAAGCCAUUAAGCUCAUGAAAGCUUUACCAGCUGAUGACCCAAGAAAUUUCACACAACAAGCUAAUGUUCAUUGUGCUUAUUGUGAUGGUGCAUAUGACCAAGUUGGCUUCCCUGACCUUGAAGUCCAAGUUCACAACUCUUGGCUCUUUUAUCCCUUCCAUCGUUACUACUUAUACUUCUAUGAAAAAAUCUUGGGAAAGUUGAUUGAUGACCCAACUUUUGCUUUGCCAUUUUGGAAUUGGGAUUCACCUUCUGGCAUGAAAAUGCCAGCCAUGUUAGCUGACCCCAAAUCACCACUUCAUGAUACUUACCGCAAUGCAAAGCACCAGCCACCGACCUUGCUUGACCUUGAUUACAGUGGCACUGAUGAAUCAACAAGUCAAGACCAAUUGUCUAGCAACCUCACCGUCAUGUAUCGCCAAAUGGUGUCAAAUGGUAAGAAUCCUAAGCUAUUCUUUGGCAAUGCUUACCGUGCUGGAAGUGAUCCUGACCCGGGUGCUGGAUCAAUUAAGAACAUUCCACAUGGUCCUGUACACUUAUGGUGCGGUGACACUACUCAGCCUAAUCUUGAAGACAUGGGCAACUUCUACUCAGCAGCAGGUAGAGAUCCAAUAUUUUUCUCUCACCACUCCAAUGUGGAUAGAAUGUGGACUAUAUGGAAAACAUUAGGAGGGAAGAAACGAUCUGAUCCAAAGGACAAAGAUUGGUUAAAUACUACCUUUUUGUUCUACGAUGAAAAUGCACAGCCAGUUCGUGUUAAGGUUAAGGACUGCCUUGAGUCUACAAACCUGAACUAUAUUUAUCAAGAUGUGGAAAUUCCAUGGCUAAAGUCUAAACCAACACCACGUAAAUCAAAAACCAAGAAAGUAGCCAAGUUGUUUCAACUAGGAGGAGGUGUAGGUGUAGCACAAGCUGCUGAAACAUCAUCCUCAAGUGUUAAGUUCCCAGUUGUUUUGGACAAGGUGAUAAGCACUGCGGUUUCUAGGCCUAAGAAAAAGAGAAGCAAGGAUGAGAAGGAAGACGAGGAGGAAGUGUUAGUGGUUGAAGGGAUUCAGUUUGAGAGAGAUUCGGCUGUGAAGUUUGAUGUGUAUGUUAAUGACGAGGAUGACUCACCUAGCAGACCAGACAAGACCGAGUUUGCUGGGAGCUUUGUGAAUGUGCCUCAUAGGCAUAACCAUACGAAGAAAAUGAACACUAGCUUGAAUCUUGGGAUCACUGAAUUGUUGGAGGAUUUGGACGCUGAAGAUGAUGAUAGUGUGGUGGUGACCUUGGUGCCAAGGUUUGGCAAAGGGCUAGCCACAAUUGGUGGAAUCAAGAUUGAGUUUGUUUCUUGAAAUUGAAUUUUCAACGAUUUUUGUGUUGUCCUGCUUCUUUCUUUCUUUGUUUUUUGCUAAUUUUAUCGAGCAACAGGGUAUAUCAACUUUCUGUUUUGCACUUUACCAAAAAAAUAUAAUUAAUAAUAAUUA